UAGUUGUAAUGCGCAAACAUUCACACUGAACAGUUGUACCAAUUUACAGAAAGACAUUCUGAAGUCACCAAAAUGGUUUUUGGGGCCAAGUUUUUCGUUUUAUUCUUAAUUUCUGGAAGUUGCGCCGAACCAAUAUGCUCUAAAUUUGCUUAUGAAGAACAACUUUUAGAGAAGAUGGUUCGCACUGAGUUUAAUGUUGAGAAGAUGGAUAAAAACAUGAAGGAAACCAGCAAUCUUGUCCAGAAUUAUCUUCAACAGUUACGAGCAAACUGGAGUCAGAUAUCUAAAGAGUUUCAAGAAAAGAAGGAAGCACUACAGGCAAUUAUUGAUAUCAACAAAGCAAAAGUGACAAAGGAGUUGGACAAGAUGCAGAAAGAGAGGGAGAAAACAAUAGCUGAAUAUGAUGCGAGAAUUACGAAAUGCGAAGGAGCAGUCUUGACACCAAACAUUGCAUUUCGAGCAAGGAGUCCGUCUCUUCUAGACCCUGUUGAAAAUCAAGUCAUUGUGUUUACUAAAGACAUUUUCAACAUAGGCAACGCAUACGAUAAUUCUACAGGUGUAUUUACGGCGCCAUUAAAUGGCACUUAUCUCCUCACCAGUCAGCUUUGUUUACAAAAUAGGAAAACAAUCACGUUUGGGAUUUUUGUUGAAGAUGGCAUGUAUACUGUCGGCACGUUUUGUCAGUAUAGAAACGACAAUUGUUUCAGCGUUGAGACAACUGUCGUCAUGGAAGCGCUGAGGAAGGCAACAGUUAGGAGCUGGUCAGCAACGAGUGGAGAGGUUCUGAAAGAGAACGAAUCUCAUUUCUGGAGCAUGUUUUCGGGUACACUAAUUCAUAAGUAACAGUGGAUACACGAGUCAUUCUUCCUCGUUAGAUUAUGACGAUACCAGCUAACGGAAAAAAGAUGCAGAACUUUCCAUUUAAUAAGGGACUACAUAUUGACCUACAACUUAUUUACAUGUUUUUUUUAUUUAUAAUUACUUUGUUUGCUAUAAUUGAACAUGUCGUAAUUAGAUACUUGCAGCUUCUUAAUCAUUGUUCUAAGAAGCGUUUGUUUGAUAAGGCACAUGAACACAUCGCAUAUAAAUAAUAAGGGGCGUUGUCAUUUUUCAUAUUUGUUUAAUGCACAGGGUUUACGUUUUACUAAUGAUUGACUUGUUUGACGCAACGGAGAGACAAGAGGUGUCGGCUCUGGUCGUAGCCGAUCUUAGUGUAGCCUUUGUAUACAACGAUAUACUUCUUGAUAUACUCCAAAGAGUGUGUGGUGUCUGUGACCGGCGGUUAGUUUGGUUGACUCUGUAAAUUCAGCGUUAUCAUCACCACAUAAGGUGAAAUGUAGUAUUCACCAAGGCAGCCGUCUAUCCUAGUUUUAUAAGAAUGUCAUUUGAUAUUAAUUCGCCAUGCAUCUAUGUCUAAGGGUUUGCGAUUGAUCAUAGCCUGUUAAUACGAAAUACCGUACAGCUUAUGUUGGACUACUUAAGGAUUAAGAAUAUUUGUAGAUGCUACAGAUAUGCAUAUUUUGUCUUUAGUUAUUUCGCAUGACAUUUUUUAUGUUUUAAAACUAAUUAUGCCAUGCCUUUGAAUAUAUACUUGUAAAAGUAGAGGGGCCUCCUUGGCCGAAUGGUUAAGGUCGCUGACUUUGAAUCAUAUGCCCCUCAUCGAUGUGGGUUCGAGUCUCACUCGGGGCGUUGGAUACUUCCUGUGAGGAAGCCAUCCAACUGGCUUACGGAAGGUUGGUAGUUUUACCUAGGAGCCCGAUCGUGAUGAAAUAAUUCACCGAGGGGCACAAGGGGUCUUCCUCCACCAUAAAAGCUAGAAAGUCGCCUUAUUACCAGUGAUUGUGUCGGUGUAACGUUAAACCCAACAUAAUGUAAAAGUAGGCGUUUAAACAAAUAAAAGAGUUCCAGUUAGACUAUUGUAAUGUUAUAUCGCAUGGUAUAGCAGAGGCGUGUUAUACUUUUCCAUUCAAUAAAAGACAGAAGGAAGUUAAAGUAGUGUAGGUCCUAGACUGAAUGUUUGGACAGUCUAAAUCCUUAAGACGUUUUAUGCAUUGUUUUAAGACACAGUUGUUAGGUAUUUUGGUUUGCAGAGCUAUAUCAGCUUUCCUUUUUGUUAAUUGGAUUUAUGGAUUCUUUUAAUGUAAUAUGGAUACUGGAAAUUCUAUUUAUUUUUUCUGAUUAGCCAGAUGUAUCGUAAUGGCAUUUAUUAUGUUUUAAA